AUGGCUUCCACGAGGAUAGCGUCGCCAAUGCGCGGCGGAAUAUAUCAAUUGAGCAGAUUGCCCAUACGGCAAGAUGCAAUACCCAAAUCAUUAUCGACCUCCUUCGCCCGCUCCAUAACAACCUCUGCUUCAUCUCAAGCCACUGUUUCGACGAUUACUACCUCCGCCAACGGAUAUGUUCCCGUGAAGCCCUUGGAAGAGCAGACAGUCCUCGCGACAAUCCACAAGUUCCCUUCGCUCGAACCCCUCCGCCUCGAAUCAUUUCCCGCAACCCAUCUCUACCUCCCUACGAGACGAGAUAUCCUACAUCGCGCCGUAAUCUAUGAGGGUGAUAUGACCCGGUUAGGUACUGCAUCGACAAAGACGCGAUACGAGGUCCGAGGGUCAGCAAGGAAGAUACGACCUCAGAAGGGCUCGGGCAAAGCCCGUCUAGGAGACAAGAAGUCCCCAAUGCUACGAGGUGGAGGGGUAGCGCACGGCCCAAAACCGCGCGACUUCUCCACCGGUCUCCAAAAGAAAGUAUACGAUCUUGCAUGGCGGACAGCGCUCUCAUACCGCUUCCGAAAAGGCGAGCUCUUGAUCGUAGACAGCGCCAUAGAAAUCGAGAGCCCAUCCACCCGGUUACUCCAGCACAUCUUCGAUCUCCACGACCGCGAAAGAGGGCGCGGACGAAGCUUGCUCGUAACCCUAGAAGAGCGACCCAUGCUCGAGCACGCCCUCGAUAAAAUGGGUCGUGAACGACAAUCCCUCACAUGGCAAGAAGUCGACGUAAAAGACCUGCUAGAACUCUCCCGUAUCAUCAUCGAGCGCGACGCCUUGCGCAACAUCCUGCUUGCUCACCAAGAAGAUCUCACACAUACCUCCGUAACCCCAUGGCACAAGUCCUUCGUCAACUCCUCCCCGCCGCAGGACCUCGAAUCCAUGAUGGGCUGGUCUGAGUUCCGCACGCUGAUGCAAGCACCGCCCUCGGAGCGCGACGCGAUACGCCCCGACGCCUACGAAUCCGUCGCGUACGGCCGCUGGACGCGCGCUGAAACCCUCCCGGAAGGACCCGAGAAACUAUCUCUGACUAUCUCCGCAUACAAUCUCCUCGCCGAAGCCAAAGACCUGCGGCGCGAACGCCUCCCCACAACCGAGCCCCUCGAAUACGAAUAUGGGAAGAAGAUCGACGAGGCCAGCAAGCUCUCCGACGCGAGCUUGAAACACGAAGCCGACGAAGUAGAGCUCGCUGCUAAGGAAGCCAUGCUCCGCAUGUGGGACAUCAUACACCAGAGUACCCUUCUCCUCGCGCAAGCUGCCGAGCACCGCGCUGAGGCCUUCCGCUGGCAGGGUCUCGAGGACGAGGCGGAGGAAGAGUAUAGUAAAGCUAGAGAUACUAGAACUGAUGUGCUUGCGGCGGAAUACGAGCUCUAUAAAGCGAAGAGGCAGGUUGCGGAGCAGAGAAGUCAGGUGCUGAUUAAUAAGGACGAUAUGGAGGGCGCGGAUAAGGCACAGGUAGAGGCACAGCAGGCGGCAGAAGAGGAGGGUAAGGCGCAGGCCGAGAUGGCGGCGCCAACUGAGGUUUCGGAGGAGCCAUACGAUGACGAGGUGCUGGAGGUGGAACGUAAGGGGGAGGAGAAGGAGCAAGCGAUGAAGGUUAGCGAAGGACUCGAAGAGAUGGGAAAGGAUAGGCAGGAGAGGAAGUAAGAAUCGCUAUGGGUUUCUUGGUUGUAUCAGUACAUUAUGUGUAUAGAUGUGGCAUAUCCGUGUUUGUAAGAUAUGCUGGUAGAUCUGAAGUUUAACCUCAUAGUUGUGCAUUUCGAAAAGAUAUUGCAGGCUACAUAUCGUCUUGGACUUGAG